CACCAUUCUUCCGGAUUUUAUGUGCGGCUGGACAUUUGAGUGUUCUCUUCAAUUCCUAGCCGUCUUAGGCACUUUGUAAUUAUAAAGGCGGCCAACUAAACCAAGAUAAAAAAUGGUGAACUUUACAGUUGACCAGAUCCGUUCAAUUAUGGACAAGAAAGCCAACAUCAGAAACAUGUCUGUCAUUGCUCAUGUGGAUCAUGGCAAAUCAACAUUGACUGACUCUCUUGUCAGUAAGGCUGGUAUCAUAGCAUCUCAGAAAGCUGGUGAAGCUAGGUUCACUGAUACACGUAAAGAUGAACAAGAACGUUGCAUCACAAUUAAAUCCACGGCCAUCUCCAUGUACUAUGAGCUAAGUGAAAAGGACAUGGAUUAUAUUGAACAAGAAAAGGAUGGUAAUGGCUUCUUGAUCAACCUCAUCGAUUCUCCAGGUCAUGUUGAUUUCUCAUCUGAGGUAACAGCCGCACUUCGUGUCACUGAUGGUGCUUUGGUUGUUGUGGAUUGUGUCAGUGGUGUGUGUGUUCAGACGGAGACUGUGCUGCGUCAGGCUAUUGCAGAAAGAAUCAAGCCAGUCUUGUUUAUGAAUAAAAUGGACCGUGCCCUGCUUGAGUUGCAGUUGGAACAAGAAGAUCUUUACCAGACCUUCCAGCGUAUUGUUGAAAGUGUCAAUGUCAUCAUUGCAACUUACAGUACAGAGGAUGGACCAAUGGGAAAUAUCCAGGUUGAUCCAACCAAAGGAACUGUUGGUUUUGGAUCAGGUCUUCAUGGCUGGGCUUUCACUAUGAAGCAGUUUGCUGAGUUUUAUUCUGCCAAGUUCAAGAUAGAACCAGCAAAACUAAUGAAGCGUCUCUGGGGAGAUCAAUUCUACAAUGCCAAGGACAGAAAAUGGUCCAAGUCUUAUUCUGAAGGAUAUGUACGUGGUUUCAAUCAGUUUAUCUUGGAUCCAAUAUACAAGGUGUUUGAUGCAAUUAUGAAUUUCAAAAAGGAAGAGACCACAAAACUUCUGGAGAAGUUGAAUGUGAAAUUAGGAGGCGAUGACAAGGAUAAAGAGGGCAAACCAUUGUUGAAAGCUGUGAUGAGAACAUGGCUGCAAGCUGGUGAAGCAUUGCUUCAGAUGAUCACAAUUCACUUGCCUUCACCUAUUACCGCACAGAAGUAUCGUAUGGAAAUGUUGUAUGAAGGACCUCACGAUGAUCCUGUUGCCCUUGGCAUCAAGAACUGCGAUCCCAAGGCACCACUAUGUAUGUAUGUGUCAAAAAUGGUGCCAACCAAUGACAAAGGUCGUUUUUAUGCCUUUGGUCGAGUCUUCUCUGGUAUUGUGUCGACAGGACAAAAGGUGCGCAUCAUGGGACCAAACUAUGUGCCUGGAAAGAAAGAAGAUUUGUACAACAAGCCCAUUCAGCGAACAAUCUUGAUGAUGGGUCGAUAUAUUGAGCCCAUUGAAGAUGUACCAUGUGGCAACAUUGUUGGCCUUGUUGGUGUUGAUCAAUACUUGGUGAAGACUGGUACGAUCACAACAUAUGAAAAUGCCCACAAUUUAAAGGUGAUGAAGUUCAGCGUAUCUCCUGUUGUCCGUGUUGCUGUUGAACCUAAGAAUCCUGCUGAAUUGCCCAAACUUGUUGAGGGUUUGAAAAGAUUGGCGAAAUCUGAUCCUAUGGUCCAAUGCCUAAUUGAGGAAAGCGGAGAACAUAUUGUUGCUGGGGCUGGUGAAUUGCAUCUUGAGAUUUGUUUAAAAGAUUUGGAAGAAGAUCAUGCUGGUAUUCCAUUGAAGAAGUCCGACCCUGUUGUCUCGUAUCGUGAGACUGUGACGGCUGAAUCAAGCCAAGUUUGUUUAUCAAAAUCUCCCAACAAACACAACAGAUUGUUUAUGAAAGCUGCACCGUUGCCUGAUGGUCUUCCAGAAGAUAUUGACAAAGGCGAUGUUUACCCAACUCAGGAUAUGAAGGCUCGCGCGCGAUAUUUGGCUGAGAAGUACGAUUUUGACCUUUCCGAAGCCCGUAAGAUCUGGUGCUUUGGUCCCGAGACCAGUGGUCCCAACAUGGUCAUCGACGUCUCCAAGGGAGUACAGUACUUGAACGAGAUCAAGGACAGUGUGAUUGGCGGUUUCCAGUGGGCCUCAAAGGAAGGACCUCUGUGCGAAGAGAAUUUGCGUGGUGUACGAUUUAAUAUUCAUGACGUUACUCUUCAUGCUGACGCUAUUCAUCGCGGUGCUGGUCAGAUCAUGCCCACGGCCAGACGUUGCAUUUAUGCGUGCGUAUUGACUGCUUCACCGGGUCUUCUUGAGCCCGUGUACUUGUGCGAGAUUCAGUGUCCUGAAAAUGCUGUGGGUGGAAUUUAUGGCGUGUUGAAUAGGCGCCGCGGUCAUGUAUUCGAAGAAAAUCAAGUUGCUGGCACUCCUAUGUUUGUUGUAAAGUCAUACCUACCUGUCAACGAGUCGUUUGGAUUUACUGCCGACCUUCGUUCGAACACUGGUGGCCAGGCCUUCCCGCAAUGCGUGUUUGAUCACUGGCAGACUUUGCCCGGGGAUAUUGGGGAUCCAAGUUCGAGACCUGGUAAGGUUGUAGCAGAAACAAGAAAGAGAAAAGGUUUGAGUGAAGGGAUCCCUUCAUUGGAUAAGUAUCUGGACAAAUUGUAAAGCAAUUUAGCAAUUUGUGUGUAUUAUCCUACUUAAAUAAUAAAUUUUAUAGAAUUUGGAUGUCAACAUACACAAUACCUUUACUGUACUACUCUAUAUAAAAUACUUAAAAGCAA